CGCGCAGGGCUCGGCGGCGGCGGGGAGCGAAAGCAGCGUGAGGCGGCGGCUGCAGCCACAGCCACCCUCCCACACAGCAUGUCGGGCACCCGGGCGUCCAACGACCGCAGCAGCCACCCCGCCGCCGGCGGCGGGCUGAAGCGGGCGCGCAGCGAGCCGGGCGGUAACAAAGUGACCGUGGUGCUGGGGGCGCAGUGGGGGGACGAAGGCAAGGGCAAGGUGGUCGACCUGCUGGCCACCGAGUCGGACAUUGUGUGCCGGUGCCAGGGUGGGAACAACGCAGGCCAUACUGUCGUCGUUGAUGGGAAAGAAUAUGAUUUUCACCUAUUUCCUAGUGGCAUCAUUAAUCCAAAGGCAAUUUCUUUUAUUGGUAAUGGAGUGGUUAUACAUUUACCAGGCCUGUUUGAAGAAGCUGAAAAGAAUGAAAAGAAAGGUUUAAAAGAUUGGGAGAAAAGACUGAUUAUAUCAGAUAGAGCACAUAUAGUGUUUGACUUUCACCAGGCAGUAGAUGGGCUCCAGGAAGUGCAGCGUCAAGCACAAGAAGGCAAAAAUAUUGGCACAACGAAGAAGGGGAUUGGACCAACAUAUUCUUCCAAAGCUGCACGAACAGGCCUUCGGAUUUGUGACCUCCUUUCUGACUUUGAUGAAUUUUCUUCAAGAUUUAAAAAUCUGGCACAGCAAUACAAGUCAAUGUUUCCCACGUUGGAAAUUGAUACAGAAGGACAACUGAAAAAGCUAAAAGGAUAUGCUGAAAAAAUAAGACCCAUGGUUCGAGAUGGUGUGUAUUUUAUGUAUGAAGCUCUUCAUGGCUCUCCAAAGAAGAUCCUUGUUGAAGGAGCCAAUGCAGCAUUACUUGAUAUUGACUUUGGCACGUAUCCCUUCGUGACCUCGUCGAACUGCACCGUGGGCGGUGUGUGCACCGGGCUUGGUGUCCCUCCCCAGCACGUGGGUGAUGUGUAUGGAGUGGUGAAGGCCUACACCACUCGGGUGGGAAUUGGAGCCUUCCCCACCGAGCAGAUUAAUGAAAUUGGAGAUCUUUUACAGUCCCGUGGCCACGAGUGGGGAGUAACUACAGGCAGAAAGAGGCGCUGUGGCUGGUUAGAUCUUGUCAUUUUGAAAUAUGCUCAUAUGAUCAACGGAUUCACUGCUUUGGCGUUAACAAAACUGGAUAUUCUCGAUGUCCUUGAUGAAAUUAAAAUUGGUGUUGCCUACAAAUUGGGUGGAAAAAGAAUUCCAUAUUUUCCAGCUAAUCAGGAGAUACUACAGAAAGUGGAAGUAGAAUAUGAAACAAUGCCUGGGUGGAAGACGGACACAACUGGAGCACGAAAAUGGGAGGACCUCCCACCCAAGGCCCAGAAUUACAUCCGUUGUGUGGAAAACCAUGUUGGCGUGCCAGUUAAAUGGGUUGGAGUUGGGAAAUCAAGAGAGUCGAUGAUCCAGCUGUUCUAAACAAAUGAAGAACUCCAGUGAUGAGAAGCACAACGUGGCGUUCAUCAGUCCCUUACUGCUUCCCUCUUUAAAUGGAAAUGCUAUUUAAAACAAACAUAAUCUUCUAGGAAUUGAAUAGAAACACAACAUAUAUUCUGUAUUGUAACAUUUUAUUUAUCUUUAAGUUCUCAGUAAAUUCAGUGUAAAAUCUCCUUGUUGGCCAUCUUUUAAAAAAGUCCAAAAAGUAUUCCUAACAAAAUAAGGAAAGUUUUUUUUUUAAAUUUGAUCCAUGUUACUAUUUGGAAGUACUUUACACCUAUAUAGAGUUACUUCUUGCUGAAACCAGUAUUAAGCCUUUUCCAGUAGCUACUGGGUAACUUUAGAAUUGUGAAACUUGGAUUUGUUCUUCAACUUCAAAUGUUAAAAUGUCUGUAUAUCUGGGUUGGCAGUACUAAGAUAGGUACCAUGCACUGAAAUUGGCUGAAUUAUAAAUAUUUUCAGUUUCUAAAAUACAGCAAAGUUAGGUAGGUAUUUUUGACUGCACAAAGCAAAGCAAACACAAUUAUCUAUAAUUUUUAUAUAAUUACUUUUAAUGGCCUAUUGAAAUGAAUGGAAAGCAGCUAAAAUAUAUUUCUUACAAAGCCUAUUGUAGGAACUGAGAUAACAUCUGCAGUGGGGCCAAACUGGAGAAAGCUGACCUGUCUAAUAAUGCUUUGAACUGUCCUGUGUACUAACAGCCUGGAGACUGUCAGGUGUGCAGCCUUUAUUUUAAGCAGUAGGGAAAAGGAGUGAGUGAAGGUGGAAGGAAGAGAGUCCUCAAGUUACAAAACACACAGGGAGAGUGGAGCUGAGGCAGCACCACUGCAUUUUCUCCACGAACCUGAGACAUUUCUUCCCGCUAGUGCUGUGACUGUAGUUUCCAAAGUUUUACUGUAGUACUCUGUUGAGGAACUUGUGACUUGCAGUUCUGUAAGGCACUCACUUCCACAGCUCCUGGGUUUCCAAGAAUAAAUCAAGGCAUGACUCAA